GGCGCGCGUGCGCGGCGAUGGGGGGCGGUUGCUUCUCCUCCUUUUCUCGUUCUCCGUUUCCUAUUACCCGCUCCCGGCUCUGCGGAAUUGACAAGGGAAAAGCUUGCUUUUAAUGAAAUAUUUAUCACUUGUUGAGAAACCAGUCAAUAAACCCAUCCAGAAGCUAAUGUCAUCAGAAACACCAAUAGAAAGUCCAGAGGAACCAAAGGAAAAUACCAUGUCCCCUGAAGUUCCUGAUGUGGAAGGAAAGGUGAAGUGCAGUGGCAGUCCAGUAGAGAGGCAGGAGGCAGGCUUGAACAUGGAAGAAUGCCUUGAGCUCAUGUCCAAGAGGCAAAGGAAGAAGCUGUUGAAGCAGAAACAGUGGGAAGAACAGAAAGAUCUACGGAGGCAGAAACGCAAAGAAAAACGCCAGAAGAGAAAACAAGAACGUCAGUCAAAAUUGGACUCCAAUAAUGAAGGGAAUGACAGAAAGCGCGUGCGAAGGGAAGUUGUUCCUAGUACACUUCGCCUCAUUGUGGACUGCAGCUUUGACGACCUGAUGGUGCUAAAGGAUGUUAAGAAGCUUCACAAGCAAAUUCAGAGAUGUUAUGCAGAAAACCGCAAAGCAUUUCAUCCUGUGCAGUUUUACUUGACCAGCCAUGGGGGACAGUUGAAGAGCAACAUGAAUGAAAAUGACAAAGGAUGGGUGAACUGGAAGGAUAUUCAAAUUAGAACAGAGCACUAUACUGAGCUAAUAAAGAAAGAAGACCUAGUAUAUCUUACCUCAGACUCCCCAGAUGUUCUCAGUGAGCUUGAUGAGAAGAAAGCCUAUGUGAUUGGAGGACUGGUGGAUCACAAUCACCACAAGGGAAUUACUUACCAAAAAGCUGUAGAGCAGGGAAUUGGUCAUGCACAGCUCCCACUUGGAAACUUUGUCAAGAUGAACAGUCGCAAAGUGUUAGCUGUCAAUCAUGUGUUUGAGAUCAUCCUUGCAUACCUGGAGAAGAGAGACUGGAAGGAGGCCUUUGUCAGUGUCUUGCCACAGCGGAAAGGGGCUGUUCCUUUGGGCGAAGCCAAUGAUUCAUCCAAACGUGCUCUGUCUGGAAAAGAAGAUGAAGACAAUGACUUGGAAAGCAACUAGGCUUCAGAAUGAGAUGGUGGGAAAGAUGAGACAUGCAGUUCAUGGCAUAGAACUGGGACGUGAAGUAGUUACGCUCUGAAGACUGUCUGCUGCCCUUGUGAAUUGUCUCAAUGCUCUGUAGUUCCACAGUUGACCCAGAGCUGUUUCAGGACAUGAAGGGUAAAGAUAAACUUCAGUAUGAAUAGCUUUAAAACAAAAAAAAAAAAAAAAGAAUUAAUGUCAAAUGCAGAAUUUAUUUUGUUUCCCAAGGAAGCUAUUUAAAUUCUUUUGGUUGGUUGGUUGGUUUUAUGCAUACCAAUGCGUGUACUACCCAAGAGCAUUAGUAGUUACUAUUUUAAUGUAUUCAUUCUUCCCCAUUUCUGCUCUAAGUUUUCUUCAAAACAGGGAAUGGCAAGCAUUCCUGUGAUCCCUAAACCUGCACCACUAGUGCCUGUGGCAAAGUGUGCAUGAGCACUCAAACAUUUCAAUUUUCCUGAGCAUCUCAACAGACAAGCAACUGAACUGCCUUUGUCAGCUGAGCCACACUCAUUCAUAUACCAGCUGUCAGUGGGGUGAGUGGGUGAAAUAUGAGCGUGGGGUUAAGUCAGUGCUUUAUACUUCGGCUUGAGUGGGAUGAAUGUCUGCAUAAGUGCAAAUCAUGCACCUUGGCUGGCACGUGGUGCACAUUGAGUUGAGGUGACACAAUCACUUUUGAUUACUUCUUGAUUUCUCUCAGCAAAAUUUAUCACACAGCCUCAGAACAGUACCAGGAGAUGUGAACUCUUUCUUACAAGUCACUGACUCAGUUUCAGUAUACCUGUUUUAUCAUGUCAUCCUGUAUGUAUUGUAUUGUCUGACAAUUAUUUUUCCUUUUAAAAAAAACAAAGGCAUAGUUUCACUCUUGGCUGGAUGUUCUAACUUAUUUGUAACUGAUUUAAGUGCUUUUGCAAAAUACUGAAAUGGACGUCUUGAAA